UCUGUGAGCACUUAGAUGGAAUAGCAGCAAAUUUCCCUCUUUGGUGUCACUGUUGGAAACUGGAAACAAGGUGUUUUUAAGGGAGAUCUGGUUCGUUCAAGUGGGACCGGACAAAACUCCUGAAAGCUCCAACAGGCAGUGCUGACUGGUCGGGGUUCCUGAGCGGUGCAGUCAUGGGCAGGCCAGAGGGGUUGGCCAGGCCACCUCUGGUGUUAGCUAUGGCGCUCCUGGCUAUCUCUCUUGUCUCCACGGGGGUCUGCAGCCUCCCACAGCCGCUGCCAAGAGUCUUCCUCUCCUUUGAAGACCUGCAGGCCUCCCAGUCCUUUGAACACUACAGUAUAUCAGACAAGGCCAUGGACUACAGGAUCCUGCAGAUGGAUGAGGACCAGGACAGGAUGUAUGUGGGCUGCAAAGAUCAUGUCCUCUCCAUGGACAUCAACAACAUCACCCAUGGCACACUAAAGGUGUUUUGGCCGGCAUCUACAAGCAAGAUAGAGGAAUGCCAAAUGGCAGGAAAGGAUCCUACACACGGCUGUGGGAACUUCAUCCGCGUGGUGCAGCCUUACAACAGAACUCAUCUGUUCAUGUGUGGCAGCGGAGCGUACAGUCCCGUCUGCGUGUACGUCAACAGGGGCCGCAGACCAGAGGAACAAGUAUUUCACAUUGACUCAAGGACUGAAUCUGGAAAAGGGAGAUGCUCUUUCAACCCUCAAGUGAAUACAGUCUCCGUAAUGCUCAACCAGGAGCUGUUCUCAGGCAUGUACAUUGACUUCAUGGGGACAGAUGCUGCCAUCUUCAGGAGCCUGACUAAGAGAAAUGCAGUGCGGACAGACCAGCACAACUCUAAGUGGCUUAGUGAGCCAAUCUUCAUCGACGCCCACCUGAUACCAGAUGGGACAGACCCCAAUGACGCCAAACUCUAUUUCUUUUUCCGUGAGAGGCUGACAGACAACAGUGGAAACACUAAAAAUAUCCACACUAUGGUGGCCAGAGUGUGCCCAAGUGACAUCGGAGGACAGCGGAGCCUGGUGAACAAAUGGACCACAUUCCUCAAGGCCAGGAUGGUGUGUUCAGUUCUGGAGGAGGAUGGCACGGAAACUCACUUUGACGAACUGGAAAAUGUGUUUUUGCUGGAAACCGACCAGCCCAAGGGCCUGUUGGUGUUUGGAGUCUUCACAUCCACAAGCUCCGUGUUUAAAGGCUCGGCAGUGUGUGUGUACAACAUGGCCGACAUCCUCACCGUCUUCAACGGCCCCUUCGCUCACAGAGACGGGCCCAACUUUCAGUGGGUGGCCUUCCAAGGACGCAUCCCUUACCCAAGGCCAGGGACUUGUCCUGGUGGAGCCUUUACACCUGACAUCCAUACAACAAAAGAGUUCCCAGACGACGUUGUGACCUUCGUACGGAACCACCCGGUCAUGUUCAACCCCAUCUACCCGGUGGGGAGGAGACCUCUGGUGGUUCGGACAAACGCUGACUACAAAUACACAUCAGUGGCAGUGGACCAGGUCAUGGCUGCUGACGGCAACUACCAAGUGCUCUUCUUGGGUACAGACAAAGGUACAGUACAGAAGGUGAUUGUGCUGCCGAGCAAUCAAUCCCUGCAUGAAGAUCUGAUCCUGGAGGAGCUGGAAGUGUUUAAGAAUCAAGCUCCUGUUACAAACCUGAGAAUAUCCUCAAAAAAACAACAGCUGUACGUCAGCUCCGAGUUCGGGGUCUCGCAGGUCUCCCUGCACCGUUGUCACGCUUAUGGCUCGGCUUGCGCUGACUGCUGCCUCGCCAGAGACCCCUACUGCGCCUGGGACGGACUCAGCUGCUCCCGCUUCUAUCCCACCGGCAAAAGGAGAAGCAGAAGGCAGGACAUUAUGCAUGGAAAUCCACUCACUCAGUGCAGAGGAUUCAAUCUAAAAGCUUACAGAAACGCAGUGGAGAUGACGCAAUACGGCGUGAAAAACAACACCACCUUCCUGGAGUGUCUUCCAAAGUCUCCUCAGGCGUCCAUUCGCUGGCUCAUUCACAGGGACAACGACAGGAGAAAAGAGGUGAAGCUGAGCGACCGUGUCCUCUCCACGGAGCACGGCCUCCUCAUCCGCUCCGUCCAGCUGUCUGACCAGGGCCUUUACUACUGCCUGACCACCGAGAACAGCUUCAAGCGCACAGUCGCCAAGAUCCGCCUGCGAGUGCUGAGCGAGGCCAUGGUGAGCGUGCUGACAGACAAACAGCAGUCGCCGUGGGCCUGGGCCAGCUCGCUGCACCCGAAGACCCUGCUGUCAGCCUUCAGUCCGGCAGAGAGCCUGGCCGUGCAGCAGUACUGCAAAGAGAGGAAGGAGCUGCAGAACCUCCAGCAGAGGCAACAGCAGCAGCCGCCUCAGCCGCCCGGACCUCUCAGGGGGGACCUCGCCAAACUGAAGCCGCUGCUGGACCGGAGGAAGAGCCGCAACCGCCGCAACCACCUCCCGGAGGUGUGACACAGGGAGGUGCAAAAACUGACACAAACAUCCUCCUCUGUUUCUAAACACUCAUUUUCUGACUCUCAUCUCAAACUGCAGAGCUGCUCUGUGGAUGUACAAUAAAACAUGGAGGUGGAUGCGGGGGGGGGGGGUUGUUUUUCGGCAUUCUCUCUUUUUCUUGCAUGUGGUUCUGUGACCAGAUGGCUGUGAGUUACACUAGUACACACGCACAAGCACCCACCAGAAAUUCAUUUUCUGCCGCAGUCAUAACCCAAACUGAAGUGGCCCUGUUAUGAGUGGCACUAAUAAACUGCAGCCUCAGUUGAUAUUGCUUAUGAUUAUACACCUCAAACGCAGCCAUGGUCAGGGAUCUUAUCAAAUUUUAGAUAUUAGAGGGGAAAUUGGACCGGCCGGAUAUUAGCACACAAGGGAUUAGUUCACAUAAAGAAGAAGUAAUUUAAAAUCAUGAUUGUAAAUAGAGGAGAUUAAAAAGGGACAGACAGGGAGAUGCUGCAUGCUUGAGAGUGAGCGUCCUCUCAAAGUGUAAUAUUAGCAUUUUUUUAGAUUCUACUCACAAUUUUGUGUUUACUUUGAACUAACAAAAUUGUCUCUGUUUGGUGAAAUGGCUUUGUGGGCACAUGUAGGGUAAUAAAAAGUCAGUGUGUGAGAAAAUAACUUUUUUUUUCUCAUGGGUUGACUGCCUCGCAUGCUGUCCACAAUAGCACUGUUCAUGCGAAGCACAGAUGGCAAAUAGUCCCAAUAAAAAGUGUUAUAUUACAGUUCAAAGACCAAACUUACAAGUUAAUUUCAGUAUUUUUCAACUUGGACCCUAUUUUUCCAUGUUUUCUGUUUAAGUGACUAAUGGGGAGAUUGAUUUUUGAAACUGGUCCAGCGAUGAGCGAGAGGGCUGCAGUGGGCAGUGGCAAAAAGGUGUAACCUCUUGGGG